UCUGUGAAAACAGAACACAGAGUAACUCGUUUCGUCUCCGUGACAAAGUUUCUUUGGAGUUCGAGCAACACGUAGAACAUCUAUACCGUCGAUGCAGGAUGUCAUUGGACAUGUUCAGGAACAAUUUGAAGCUGAAUGUCAGUACGCAGCCUGCCCUCCAUUGAAGAAGAAUGAAAGCUCUCCGUAGAGUGCUCCGAAGGCGUUUGCACCCAGUGAAACUGGUGGCAGUGGCCCUCGUCUUUGUCACAUUCGUGUUCCUCAUACAAUGGGAAGUUGGGAGCCAGAGCCAACAGGAGGACCCGUGGCUGAAGGAGAUGGCGGUGAAGCGGGAUGCCAUGCUGGGCAUGGUGAUCGGAGCUGUCAAUAACUUAAAGGAUGUGAUUCCAAAGAUGCAGAUCCGAGCCCCUGUCCGCCAGCCGGACAGCGGGGACCGGGGGUCUUGUCUGCCAGGUCACUACACCGCCGCUGAGCUCAGGCCAGCCCUGGAGCGGCCACCUCAGAACCCGAGUGCUCCUGGAGCAGCUGGGAAGCCUUUCCUCAAAGACUCACUGAACCCCGAGGAGCAGAAGGAGAAAGAGAGGGGGGAGGAGAAACACUGCUUCAACCUGUUUGUCAGUGACCGCAUCUCCUUGAGCAGAGACCUCGGCGCAGACACAAGACCACCAGAAUGUAUUGAGCAAACCUUCAAGCGAUGCCCCGUCCUGCCGACUACCAGUGUUAUAAUUGUGUUUCACAAUGAGGCUUGGAGCACCCUGCUGAGGACGGUAUACAGUGUCCUGCACACCUCCCCUGCCAUUCUCCUCAAGGAGAUCAUCCUGGUGGACGAUGCCAGUGUGGAAGAUGACUUGAAGGACAGGCUGGAUGAGUAUCUGAAGCAGCUGAACAUUGUUCGAGUUGUCCGCCAGCGAGAGAGAAAAGGACUCAUCACCGCUCGGUUGCUGGGAGCCUCCGUGGCCACCGGUGACACGCUCACCUUCCUGGACGCCCAUUGUGAAUGCUUUAAUGGUUGGCUGGAGCCCCUUCUGGCCAGGAUAGCAGAGAACUACACUGUGGUAGUGAGUCCCGAUAUAACCACUAUUGAUCUCAAUACUUUUGAGUUCAUAAAACCAUCCCCAUAUGGCCAGAACCACAACCGGGGCAACUUUGACUGGGGCUUGUCCUUCGGCUGGGAGAGUCUACCAGAUCAUGAGAAAGAAAGGAGGAAGGACGAAACAUACCCUAUCAAGACUCCCACAUUUGCUGGUGGCCUCUUCUCCAUCUCGAAAGAAUAUUUCUACCAUGUUGGAAGCUAUGAUGAAGAAAUGGAAAUCUGGGGUGGUGAGAAUAUUGAAAUGUCAUUUAGGGUGUGGCAGUGUGGCGGGCAGCUGGAGAUCAUCCCUUGCUCCAUUGUUGGUCAUGUUUUCCGCACCAAGAGCCCCCACACCUUUCCCAAGGGCACACAAGUAAUUGCUCGUAACCAGGUACGACUGGCGGAGGUCUGGAUGGACGACUACAAGGAGAUCUUUUACCGUCGUAACCAGCAAGCUGCACAGUUGGCAAAAGAUAGGGCCUUUGGAGAGAUCUACAAACGCGUGGACCUCCGUGCGCGGCUGCAGUGCAAGAACUUCUCGUGGUAUUUGAAGAACGUUUAUCCAGAAGUCUUUAUGCCUGAUCUCAGCCCACUCCACUUUGGCUCAGUGAAGAAUGCCGGCAAAGACUCAUGUCUGGAUGUUGGAGAGAACAAUGAGGGUGGGAAACCGCUGAUCAUGUAUCCAUGUCACGGACUCGGAGGAAAUCAGUAUUUUGAGUUCUCCACACGUCACGAGAUUCGACACAACAUUCAGAAGGAGCUGUGUUUGCAUGGGGAAAAGGGGACGGUGAAGCUGGAGGACUGCCAGUAUAAAGGCAGGAGCACAUCUGUAGGAGCAGAGCAAAAAUGGGAAGUGAAGGAGAACCAGUUGUUCUACAUGCCAGGAUGGAACAUGUGUCUGAGUGCCCGUCAUGAGCACCCCACUCUGGCCCUCUGCAACCCCUCGGACAGAUACCAGCUCUGGUCCUUCGUCUGAGUGUGAAAAAUACCACUUUGAAAAAUAGCCGCUCUAUGCAUAGACCUACAAGGACACGAGUGUACUAUACUGUAUGCAGUUAACAUACAGUUUGAGAUUAAUGACAGUUAGUUUUAAUUUAUUUUUAUACAUAGAAAAACUGAACUGCUGCUGCUGCUGCUGCUGGGAAAUUUGGACUUUGGGAGAAACCACAGAGUGCCACUGCUGGAAGGAAGCAUUGAACUAAUGCUCCCGAUCGGACUGUGAACGGAACAUUGGGGAACAAUGAAAAUGCACAAGUGCCUCUUUUGUGUUAGAAAUGUGUUCCAAGUCUUUCCAAACAACACAUGCAGUAUGGUAUAUAAAGUUAAUAUUGUAUCAAAAACAAAAAUAUACAAACACAAUAGGGUAGAUGAUAUAUAUAUAUAUAUAUAUAUAUAUUUAAGUUGGACGGACACAAAUCCCAAAUGUUAUGCACCAAAGAGACUGCAAAUUACAUAUGGGGUUCAUUGUCCCCUUUUUAAAAUACCUUUUUUAUAAUGCAAAACCUCGUAUU